AUGAGCUUCUGGUGCCUCUUGGGGCUUCUCCUGGCUGCUCCACCAAGCCUUCAUGCUGGCUCCUCGCUGCGCUUCAUUGCUGUGGGGGAUUGGGGUGGCCUCCCCAAUGCUCCUUUCUACACCGCCCGCGAGGCAGCCGUCGCCAAGGAGAUGGGCCGUACGGUGGCUUCACUGGGAACGGAUUUCAUCUUGUCCCUUGGAGACAACUUCUACUAUAGCGGUGUGAACGAUGUCUAUGACAAGCGUUUUCAGGAAACCUUUGAGUCGGUUUUCCAGGCACCCUCAUUGCGGAAGGUGCCUUGGUACGUUUUGGCUGGAAACCACGACCAUUCAGGAAAUGUCUCGGCCCAGAUUGCCUACACCAAGAUCUCCAAACGCUGGCAUUUCCCCAAGUACUACUACAAGCUAAGGUUCAAGGUGCCUGGCAGCAAUGCCACUGUUGCCAUCCUCAUGAUCGACACAGUGACUAUCUGCGGCAAUUCGGAUGACUUCCAGACCGAGGAGCCCCAGGCUCCACGGGAUUUAGGCAUGGCUCGUAGCCAGAUGUCCUGGCUCCGCAAACAGAUGGCGAACUCCAAGGAUGACUACUUGCUGGUGGCUGGCCAUUACCCGGUGUGGUCUGUGGGAAAGCAUGGCCCCACUGCAUGCUUGGUCAAGCAACUACAGCCACUUCUGCUGAAGUAUAAAGCCACGGCCUACCUGUGUGGCCAUGAUCACAACCUGCAGUAUCUGCAGGACAAAACUGGCUUGGGCUACGUGCUAAGUGGAGCAGGCAACUUCAUGGAUGACAACAGGCAACAUCUCCACCACGUCCCUUCUGGGUACCUUCGCUUCUUCUAUGGCCAGGCCUCUUCUCAGGGGGGCUUUGUCUACGUUGAGAUUAAUGGCAAAGAGAUGAGUAUCACUUACAUUGAGGGCCAAGGCAAGUCCCUCUACAAGACCACGCUGCCCAGGCGGAGACGUUUCUAGUGACAACAAGGCCAUCGUCACUGACUGCUGUAUUAGAUGUCCUGGCAAGUUGGGAGGGGCACUAGUGGCAUCCUUAGCACUCUACACACCCACGCAUACACACUCCUUCCUCCUAGGCAAGAACUGGCUUUUGUGGGGAGCAUAACCAUCCAAGGAGCAUGCUAGCAUCUCAUAUUUUGGGAGGCACUCACAGAACCAUAUAACGUCCCCAUCCCCUCAAUAUCCAAAAUACUUCUCUAUGAACGUUGCCUCAGAAGCUUCAUAUGUCUCUCCCUGGUUCGUGGCAAAUCUUGGGAAUGUACCAGAUCAAGACUUGUCACUGAUCCAGCUCAACUUUCCGCAUGGCUGCUGGCUCCUAUGAGCCCCUGGGUGGUAAAGUAUGAGGUUUAACAGCACUUCAGUCUCACAACAUGAGUUGAGGGGCUAACCAUACAGACAGUGGCCUCAAGCCCACCCAACUUGCCUGCGGCCUAUGGUGGGUCCUCCAUGCAGUCAU